AUGAAGACUGCUUUCUUGUCUCUUCUGGCUGCUGCCAGCACGGCUAGCGCACAUUACACUUUUCCCGGAUUCAUCAGUGGAAGCACCGUUACCAGCCCAUGGGAAUACGUACGCAAGACAACGAAUUCCAACGGUCCCGUGACAGACGUCACAUCAAACCAGAUCCGCUGCUACGAGCUCAGCCCAGGCACCGGCUCCAAGACCUACACCGUCAACGCCGGCGACACCGUCGGCUUCACCGCCGUAUCCAGCGUCUCGCAUCCAGGCCCUCUCCAGUUCUAUAUGGCUAAGGUCCCCUCUGGCAAAACUGCUGCCACCUUCGACGGCUCAGGCGCAGUGUGGUUCAAGGUCUACUCGCAAGGCGCGACCUUCUCCGGCGGCCAGAUGACCUUUGCCUCAGCCGGCAAGACACAAGUCACCUUCCCGCUACCCAAGUCCCUGCCGUCGGGCGAGUACCUUCUUCGCGUUGAGCAUAUUGCUUUGCACAGCGCUGGCACCUCGGGCGGUGCGCAAUUUUACAUCUCCUGCGCGCAGAUCAAGGUUGAGAAUGGAGGCAAUGGUUCGCCGACGGACCUGGUUGCAUUCCCGGGUGCGUACAAGGCUACCGACCCUGGUAUCUUGAUCAAUGUUUACUACCCCGUGCCAACUUCUUACACUCCUCCUGGUCCCAAGGUUUGGACUGGUUAG